GGGUCUUUUGAGUUUUGCAUUUUUAAUUUUUUUUGGUGCGUGUAGUCGUUCAACUUCAGACACAAAAGAGUGCAACGUCCGCGAGCCUCGACCCGACCUGCGCAGGAUGGCAUCCAUGUUAAUGAACUCGGUGAGAAAUUGCUCGCUGAAGUCGCCCAGGGCCGUUCAGUUCGCUGCGCGUUCUCUCAGCACAGCUGUUCCUCUGCAGGCUCAAGCAAAAAGCAAGAAGACCCUGUCCAAGACCGGAGUUAAAAACAUCGUUUUGGUUGAUGGGGUCCGUACACCGUUCCUGCAGUCUGGCACCACAUAUGCUGAUCUGAUGCCCCAUGACCUUGCUAGAACUGCCCUGCAAGGUCUGCUGAACAGAACUGGCAUUCCCAAAGACGCUGUAGAUUACAUCAUCUACGGGACCGUCAUUCAGGAAGUGAAGACCAGCAAUGUGGCUAGAGAGGCAGCGCUCGGGGCAGGAUUCUCGGACAGGAUUCCGGCUCACACGGUUACCAUGGCCUGCAUCUCUUCCAAUCAAGCUAUGACCACAGCCGUGGGCAUGAUCGCAGCCGGCCAGUGCGACGCGGUCGUGGCGGGCGGCGUCGAGUUCAUGUCGGACGUCCCGAUUCGCCACAGCCGUAAAAUGAGGAAGACGAUGCUGUCGCUGAACAAGGCGAAGACGCUGGGGGCCAGACUAGCCCUGCUGGGGUCCAUCCGGCCCGCGCACCUUGCCCCCGAGCUCCCCGCUGUGGCCGAGUUCUCCACGGAGGAGACGAUGGGCCACUCCGCUGACCGUCUGGCGGCGGCGUUCGGCGUGUCCCGCCGCGAGCAGGACGAGUAUGCGCUACGCUCCCACUCCCUCGCCAAACGAGCGCAGGACGAGGGCCUGCUCAGUGAUGUCGUCGGCUUCAAAGUGCCAGGAAAGGACAUCGUAUCCAAGGACAACGGGAUCCGGCCAAGUUCCAUGGAGCAGAUGGCCAAGCUGAAGCCGGCCUUCGUCAAACCGCACGGAACGGUCACCGCUGCCAACUCCUCCUACCUGACUGACGGAGCCUCUGCCGUGCUGAUAAUGUCCGAAGAGAAGGCGCUUGCCCUGGGUUACAAACCUAAAGCUUAUCUCAGAGAUUUCGUGUACGUGUCCCAAGACCCUAAAGACCAACUCCUGCUUGGGCCGAGCUAUGCCACCCCGAAGGUGCUGGAGAGGAGCGGCCUGAAGUUGGCCGACAUCGACGUGUUCGAGUUCCACGAGGCUUUUGCCGGCCAGAUCUUGUCUAAUCUGAAGGCCAUGGACUCUGACUGGUUUGCCAAGACUUACAUGGGCAGGACUUCUAAGGUUGGCUCUCCGCCGUUGGACAAGUUUAACCUGUGGGGUGGCUCGCUGUCUCUCGGACAUCCUUUUGGAGCAACCGGAUGCCGUCUGGUUACCACGGUAGCACACCGGCUAAAGAAGGAGGGGGGGCAGUAUGGCCUAGUAGCAGCAUGCGCUGCAGGCGGGCAGGGCCAUGCAAUGGUGAUCGAGGCUUAUCCCCAGUAGGGCAUUUGAGUAAAAGGUGGCAGAGCCUCUGUAACACACACACACACACACACACACAAAAUGCAUGACUGUGUAAAUAACAAACAUCGCAAUGCCUUGAGAAAAAAAAAUCACUUCUGAAUAUUACCUAAAAGUGUGGAAAAGCAAAAGUUGUUGAGGCAAAUUAUUACACAGUCAUGUCUCUGUCAGCAGAGUUUGAUGAUGGUCCACAAUAAUUAUAACACAUUAGUUACUCUUAUCGCGUCUCAAUAAUACCGCGAUGCCAAACUCUACUACACCGAUCAUGAGUUAAAAAAAAACAAAACGCCUUGUGUUAGUUCUAGUUUUUCUGUAGGUGUCGUAAGCUCACAGACUGCAAACUAAUAAUUUUACUUCUGGUCCUUUCUGGAUGAUGUACAUAAGUCCUGCCGUCUCAGGUCCGCUUGUGUUCAGUUCUUGAAGAAUAGGCGUGAGAUUACUAAGAACCGAGGACAUGCACUUCACCUGGCCGUGUGUGUGGGGGGCGGAGCGCCACAACCAAGGAUGCUUCUGUUAAGCCAUGUUCGUUCUCUUGUAAUAAUUUUGUCCAAAUAAAAUUAAUUUAAAAGAA